AGUUUUAAUUUCCUGUUAGUAUGAGUUCCAGAAUUUCUGAGAAAGGGUGGUUAAGCUCUCAUUUAAGAAAUACAUAGGUUAGCCCAUUUCCAAAAACUGAGGAUUUUAAUGAUGAGUUAUCUGUUUUGGUGUACGCUAUAUGUUUAUACGUACGGUCCUCUUAUUCUUUCGAUGGAGAAGGGUUUGGAAUUAUUAAUCUGAAAGGUCAAACUGACCAGAAUCCUUUAUUCAAACUCAUAUUGUAAAUCUGUAUUUUUAUUUGUGUUUUUUUAAAUUAACCACCAGUUAUAUUGGCCUAAUUUUGUAUAACUUUUGAAGUUCUGAUGGGUAGCUUGGUUAGCUUCGUGCAGUUUCUGACAUCUUGAGAUUCAGAAGCCUGAGUGAAUAAAGGAAAAGGCUAAGCCAUCAAGCAUCUGAGGACUUUGAAGGAUGACGGUUUUAAAGCGGUAUGUGCUCCGAUUGUUCAUAUCAAUAAAGUACAUCACAGCGAAUGUCGUGGACAGAAAUAAUGGACGGAUUGUUGUAACAGCAUCAACAGUGGAACACGAUAUCAAGGGAUCACUUGAGUGUGGCCGGUCUUGCAAUGCCAAGGCGGCAGCAGUUGUUGGAGAGGUGCUGGCUAUGCGACUCAGGGUGGAGGGUCUUGAAGAGGGUCAGGGAAGAGGGAUUCAUGUUGAUGUUAACAAGGAAGUAGAAAAGAAAGGCUUUAACCGUACCAAGAUAUGGGCCAUUGUCAAUGCUCUUAAAAGCAAUGGGAUCAAACUUAUUCUGGAUGAUAAGGAUGACAAUACUAGGUCAAAUUACUGAUAUGUUCCUUCUUUUCCGGGUUCUCCCCUUAUAAUUUAUGGAAGAGAUCUUUAUGAUU